AUGUCUGCUCCUAACGGGAUCAACCUCAUCUUUGGGGCGGGAGGUUAUGGAACCUACCUGAACGAUCUCCUGGGUGUCGAUACCGCCCGCGCUCUGGUCCGUGACCAACUUGAAGUCCUGUCAGCUGAAGGUGUUAGAAGCAUCGACACUUCUGAGUUGUACGAGGGGAGUGAAGAAGAGCUGGCUCACCAUGAUGCCGCGAAGAAAUUCAUCAUCCACACCAAGGUCAAGGGUGGAUUUGCUGCCGGAAGAACGACGGAAGAGAUUGUUGAGGUGGGAAAGGAACGCCUUCGGCUCCUCAAGACGAAUCAGGUUGAAGUGUUGUACCUCCAUGCUCCAGACAGCAAGACUCCCCUGGACCAGCAAGUCAAGGGCUAUAACGAACUGUACAAGAAGGGUGCUUUCAAACACCUUGGGCUCUCCAACUUCUCCCCUGAGGAGGUGCAGAAGUUUUAUGACGCGGCCGUUGCAAAUGACUGUGUGAUACCGACUGUCUAUGAGGGUGCCUAUAAUGCAAUCGGCCGCCUCCCUGAAUUAGAAUUGAUCCCAUUGCUGCGAAAGCUUGGUAUUACCUACAAUGCCUAUAGCCCGAUUGCUGGGGGGCUGCUUGCCAAGCCCAAAGAGGACUUCUUGGCUGGUGUCUCCCGUUUUGACACAAGUACUUUCUUGGGCAAAUUGUAUUCCUCAUUAUACAACAAGCCCUCAUUCUUGAAAGCAUUGGAUGCCUGGGGCCAUAUUGCAGAGGAAGCCGGGAUUUCCAGAGCCGAGCUCGCGUUUCGGUGGGUAGUCUACCACUCCGCCCUGAAGGGAGAGCACGGGGAUGGCAUCAUCUUUGGGGCGAGAGAUGCGGCGCAGGAGAAGGAAACAUUGAAAUUCAUCAACGCAGGUGCUCUGCCUGAAAAUGUUGCGAAAAAGGCCAGCGAUGUCUGGGAGAUUGUGCAAGCUGAUGCCACCUUUGACAACUGGAGCGGAUACUUGAAGGCUCUUUUCCAAGGAUAA